AUGGCAUAUAAAACACACCCUCGAAGCACCGCGGACAUAUCUUACGCCCUGCAGCUGGGGCCAUUUACGCUUCCUUCGCUCGGAAACGCUGGUGCAUUCGGAUUCGCAAACGGUCUGCUGAAUGCCUCGGUUAAUCCGUUGUCUGGAAGAGCUUCCUUCGGAGUGCAGGCACCUCAGGCCAGCGGUCCAUCGUCAACCAAUCCGUUCGCCAGCUUGGCAGAUCGAUUCCGGAACAGCGCAUCAAACUUGCUCCAAGGCAGAGUUACUCCCGGUUCCAAUCGCUUCGGAGCGGGCGAGACAGGUCCAGUUUUGUUGGCCGCUAACCCUGUACCCGCUUUACCGGCCAUUCCACGGCUAGCGUUUCUGUCUCCGAUACCGCUGCUGCAGCAACUCGAGAGACUUGGCGCGGCAAAUGGCUCCCUUUCGGUGCUAGACGGCGGGUCCCAGCUGAGCCCAUUGGCCAAUCUUCAAAAUACUGCCAACUCCUUACGCAAACUCGUUUCCAGUGGAUACAAUCGACUCGCCAACCUGGUCCCUGGCAUGCACAGCGGAAUUGAACAGUUCGCACAGACCAUUCAGACUGUCGCUAGUCCCCAAUUGUGGCGUAAUCUUUCCUCCAGCCGAGCCGAGCGACUCUCGCGGGGACUUAACACUCUGGCGAGCGGACUGGCGGAUGUCCUGGUCAAUUUACCCAACAUCACCGACGUGCCCGCAGCAGCCAAUUCUAGUGAUCGCAAGAAUCCUCACUUCUAUCCCGGCCGCAACGUGAUCGUGCAUCUGUUCGAAUGGAAGUUCGAGGACAUUGCGCUGGAAUGCGAGACAGUGCUUGGCCCGGCCGGAUACGGCGGGGUGCAGGUGUCGCCCGUUAGCGAGGCCAUCCGGGCGCCUAAUCGUCCGUGGUCGGAACGAUAUCAACCCAUCUCCUACAAAAUACGCUCUCGAUCAGGCGAUGAGCGCCAGUUUGCAGAAAUGGUACGUCGCUGUCAGCGGGCACAAGUAAGAAUCUACGUGGACAUUGUCGCUAAUCACAUGGCCGCCAAUGGGACCAGUGUACCGUUCUACGGUACGGGCGGAUCGCCAAGCGACCCUUCGAGGCGCCUUUACCCGGGAGUACCGUUCAAUCGGACACAUUUCCAUCCGGACUGUCUGAUCGCUAGUUACCAAAACGCUUCCGAGGUACGCAACUGCCAACUCGGAGGGCUGCCGGACCUAAACCAAACGGAACCGUACGUGCAGCAGCAGAUUGUCAACCUGAUGAAUCGACUCAUCGACCUGGGAGUGGCCGGCUUUCGAAUGGAUGCUAGCAAACACAUGUGGCCGGGCGACUUGGCCACCAUCUACCAAAAGCUUAAGCCACUGAACAUCCUGUUCGACUAUCCCCCUUUUGCAACGCCCUUCAUUUACCAGGAAGUUAUUGAUCUCGGUGGCGAAUCCGUUACAGCCGCCCAGUAUACCGGUCUUGGGACGGUAACGGAAUUCAAGUACUCCCUGUACGUCGGCAGCAUCUUCCGCAGUGCGCUUCCCGCAAGCAACUUACAGGCGUUGGCCGCAGCUAACGCCACGCAGUUCGGCUUGAUAGCUUCCGAAUCGGCAUUGGUGUUUGUCGAUAGCCACGGCAAUCAGCGCAGUUACGGUGCCGCCAGCGAGCUGAUCCUCACACACAAGGAUCUGCCCCGGUAUGUGCAAGCUGUGGCCUUCACGUUGGCCAAUGAUUACGGAACGGUGCGGUUGAUGAGCUCGUUCGCAUUCGAGACUACCGAUCAGGGACCACCUGCCGAUGCGCUCGAGCAGAUUCUUCCGCCAGGGUUCGCCAAAAACGGAUCCUGUCUGAAUGGCUGGAUAUGUGAGCACCGUUGGCCGGUGUUCCGUCGAUUGGUGGCCCAUAGAAAUUUCGUCCUGCCAGCCAGCCUAACGGAUGUUCAGGCUACAAACGAAACGUUUGCCUUCUGCCGAGGAAACAUCGGAUUCGCGGUGUUCAAUGCGGGGACGGUUACACAGGACCUCUUGGUGAGGACAUGCCUACCGGCCGGUGAGUAUUGUGACGUGAUCACGGGCGAAAAACAGGACAUGCACUGUACCGGUACGCGGGUUCUCGUCAACCCAGACACAACGGUUAGCUUGACCCUUCCUGCCGGGUCCAGUCUUGUGUUGGACCUUCGGAAUCGAGUGUUGUAA